CUGAGUGGUGGUUCCAAUUUGGAGGGGAAGUUCCUAAUCUGCAGAAGUGUGCCUUGAGGAUUGUAUCACAAUGCGUUUCGUCAAGUGGCUGUGAGAGGAAUUGGAGCGCUUUUGCUUUGGUCCACACGAAGCAAAGAAACCGUCUUCUAUAUGGCAAGCUGCACAAGCUUGUAUCUGUGCGCUACAACUUGAAGAUACGUGCUGAAGAAGAAGAAGACCCGGUGAGAGAGAAUGAUAAGCAGAAGGAAGUUGAUGCAUGUGCAAUGAUGAUGGAUACAACCAUGUUUGAUGCAACAAAUCCUAUGAUGGAAUGGUUGAAUGAGGAUGAGGAGCAUGCAAUCUUGGAUGGAGUUGAUGCUGCUAGCGCCGUGUUUGAGAAAAUACGUUUGCUUAACUCAAGUAGGAAAGUGUCUCGUCUUGCAAGGAAGGAUAAUGGCAGGAAAAGAAAGAGGGUAGAGGAAGAAGAGGAUGACUACCAUGAUAGUGAGGAUGAUGAUGAAGAGAAUGAGGAGCUGGACCUGGAAAUUAAUGAUGAUGGUAGCCAUGAUGAUGGUGCAAGUCAAUCUGAUGGAGGAGAUUCGCCAAUAGAAGUUGAAAAGGAUUUAGCAAGCCAAGUUGGAAACAAUGUUGAGGUAACAAGUGAUGGUAGUUUGGUGAACCGUAGAUCUGAACAGGUUAAGCAAGCCAAGAAGGUCAAGGAGGUCACCAGCCUUUACAAUUGA